AAAAAGACGAAAUAAUAGUAGUAGAAGUCGACGGUAAUAGGCGUCAUCGGAAAAUAUUCGCCGUCGCCGAGGCCGUUACCGCAGGUGUUCCUAGAUCGUCUGAUCACCGUGGAACGUAAAGAUGGAGAAUUCGACGGCGGAGAAAGGGAUCCCCGGACAAGAGCAGCAGGCCGCCGGAGUUGGGAUUCUGCUUCAAAUUAUGAUGCUCGUUCUCUCUUUCGUCGUCGGCCAUGUUCUUCGCCGUCACAAAUUCUAUUAUCUCCCUGAAGCUAGCGCUUCUUUGCUUAUUGGUUUGAUUGUUGGUGGACUUGCUAACAUCUCCGACACUGAAACAAGCAUCAGGGCGUGGUUCAAUUUCCAUGAAGAGUUCUUCUUCCUGUUUCUGCUACCUCCAAUCAUCUUUCAAUCAGGGUUCAGCUUAUCACCUAAGCCCUUUUUCUCUAACUUUGGAGCCAUUGUCAGUUUUGCUAUUGUAGGAACUUUUAUAUCUUCAGUUGUUACUGGAGUUUUAGUCUAUCUUGGUGGUCUGAUGUACCUCAUGUACAGACUUCCUUUUGUUGAAUGCCUAAUGUUUGGUGCUCUUAUAUCCGCAACCGACCCUGUUACUGUUCUUUCCAUAUUUCAGGAACUUGGCACUGAUAUGAACCUUUAUGCUUUGGUCUUCGGGGAAUCUGUCUUAAAUGAUGCUAUGGCGAUAUCUUUGUACAGAACAAUGUCUAUAGUAAGAAGUAAUGAUCCAUCUGGGCAAAACAUCUUUAUGGUGAUUGUUAGAUUUCUUGAGACCUUUGUUGGCUCUAUGUCUUCAGGUGUUGGUGUUGGAUUUACUUCUGCUCUUCUUUUUAAGUAUGCUGGAUUAGAUAUUGACAAUCUUCAAAACUUGGAGUGCUGUCUUUUUGUUCUUUUCCCUUAUUUCUCAUACAUGCUUGCGGAAGGUCUCAGCCUCUCCGGUAUUGUGUCAAUAUUGUUCACUGGAAUGGUGAUGAAGCACUACACAUACUCAAAUUUAUCAGAAAAUUCCCAACAUUUUGUAUCCGACUUUUUUCACUUAAUAUCAUCACUGGCUGAGACAUUCAUAUUUAUAUACAUGGGUUUUGAUAUUGCCAUGGAAAAGCACAGCUGGUCGCAUUUGGGGUUUAUCUUUUUCUCAAUUUUAUUUAUUGCAGUUGCAAGGGCUGCCAAUGUCUUUUCUUGUGCGUAUCUGGUCAAUUUGGUUCGUCCUUCACAUAGGCAAAUACCUUUAAAGCACCAAAAAGCACUUUGCUACAGUGGACUUCGAGGGGCAAUGGCUUUUGCUCUUGCUCUGCAAUCUGUUCAUGAUCUUCAGGAAGGACAUGGUCAGAUUAUUUUCACUGCAACAACUGCCAUAGUUGUUUUGACGGUAUUGCUAAUUGGAGGUUCAACAGGUACAAUGCUAGAAGCUCUGCAAGUUGUGGGGGAUGGUCAUGAUGCUCACUUCGGAGAAGGCUUCGACGGUAACAAGGGAUAUAUUCCUACAACUUGUGAUGAAGAUGGAACACCAGGGAGCAAGAUAAGGAUGAAACUGAGAGAGUUCCACAAAAGUGCAGCAUCAUUCUCUGAAUUAGAUAGGAAUUACCUCACCCCAUUCUUUACAAGCCAGAAUGGAGAUAAUGAUGAUGAAGAGGAUGAUGGCACAAUGCCCAGUUCUAGAAGGGGAGGAUUCCAAGCACAAUAGC